GCCGGAGGCGGCAGGGCAGCGGGCUGAAAGCUCGGGUAGUUCCUCGAGCAAAGGAGCCGAGCGGCAGAGGGAGGAUGGCGGGGCCAAAUGUCUGCGGCAGACAGUGUUGCCCAGGAUGGACCACAGCUCCCGGCACAAACCACUGCAUAAAGCCUGUCUGUGACCCGCCGUGCCAGAACAAGGGCUCCUGCAACCGCCCCCAGGUCUGUACGUGUCGCUCAGGCUUCCAGGGCUCCCGGUGCGAAGAAGUGGUUCCGGAGCAGGAGUACCACCCGCCGUCUGCCGCCGCCUUCCAGCCCCCUGCGAGCUCCCUGCGGAGGAGGACCGGCACGGCAGGGCGGGACGUGUCCCCCCAAAGGGCUCAGGCUCCCGUCCCGCGGCACGGCCCGGCUGCGACUCAGAGCAGAAUUGGCUCUCCUGUUUUCCCCCAGCACACAGGGCCAUCACGGACUGUACGGCGCUACCCAGCCAGCAAUGGCCAACUCACCUCUAAUGCACUGCCCAAUGGGAAUGGACAUGAGCAGAGCAGCUCUGGGCCACACGCCGUUUCCCAGGAGCACACCUUGUCUGCUAGGGGGGCCAACUUGACAGAGAAGAUUAGGAAGAUAAAAAUUGUCUUCACACCCACCAUCUGCAAGCAGACAUGCCAAAGUGGGCGCUGCUACAACAGCUGCGAGAAAGGAGACACCACCACUCUCUAUAGCCAAGGGGGGCAUGACCACGACCCCAAGUCUGGCUUCCGCAUCUACUUCUGCCAGAUCCCCUGCCUGAACGGAGGGCGCUGCGUGGGCCGGGAUGAGUGCUGGUGCCCCUCCAACUCCACGGGGAAGUUUUGCCAUCUGCCAUCUCCCUCUCUGGAAAAGAAGCAGGGGGGGAGAGUCCCAAAGACCCUGGCUGGCGGCUCCAUGAAGCAUUCCACCUACACCCUACCCUUGUCCAACCAGCUGGCUUCACUAAACCCUUCCCUGGUGAAUGUCCACAUCAACCACCCUCCAGAAGCCACCGUGCAGAUUCACCAAGUGGCCAGGGUGCGGGGUGACGCAGAAGUGUUGGAGGAGAACAGUGUGGAGGCAGUCCUGGUGCCUCAGCUGGCCACCAUGCCCUGGUACAGCUAUGCCCAUGGGAACGGCAACAACAUUGCCACAGAGAGUGGCCAGCAGCAGCAGCAGAGAACUCCAGGGCUGCUGGGGAAGUGCUUUCGGGAAGCUCUCCAUGGGCAGUGCACCAACCCGCUGCCAGGGCUGACCAAGCUGGAGGACUGCUGUGGCAGCGUGGGGCUCUUCUGGGGCGCAGACCGGUGCCUGGCCUGCCCGCUUCGCCCAGCACACCCUGUGAUUGAGAAUGGGCAGGUGGAGUGUCCGCAAGGAUACAAGAGGCUGAACCACAGCCACUGCCAAGACAUCAACGAGUGCUUGAUUCAGGGCCUGUGCAAAGAUGCUGAGUGUGUGAACACCCGCGGCAGCUUCCGCUGCACCUGCAAGCCUGGCACCAUGCUGGACCCUUCUCGUAGCCAUUGCAUCUCGGACAAAGCGGUGUCGAUGGAGCAGGGGCUGUGCUACCGCUCGGCGGCUGGAGGCGUCUGCUCCUUGCCCCUCUCCCACCACAUCACCCAGCAGAUCUGCUGCUGCAGCCGCGUCGGCAAGGCCUGGGGCAGCGCCUGCCAGGAGUGCCCCGUGCCCGGCUCAGAAGCCUUCAAGGAGAUUUGUCCAGCAGGACACGGCUACACCUACUCCAGUUCUGAUAUCCGCCUGUCGAUGAGGAAGGCAGAAGCAGAAGAGUUGCCCUUCAGCCUGGAAGAACAAGGGGAGAGCAGUGACUGGGCAGCAAGGAGACAGCAACUGCAGAACAGCCUGCGUGGGAGCAUCCUGGAGGCAUUCCCCCACCCUGGCACCUUGGCAGGAGAGGGUGAAGUUUCUCCUGCUGUGCAGGGCGCUGCUGCCGCCGCAGACCCAGCCACACACAGAGAGGAAGAGGAGUCCUGGCGUGAGCCUCCCCAACCUGGCCCUACCACCACCUGGGAUGCUGCUGCUCCACCACAGAUGCCAGCACAAGGCUCAGAGGUGAGCAGCUGUGCCUCUUCACCUCUCUCCUGUGGAGCUGGCUCUUGUGUGCUCACCCCGGAGGGAUACAGCUGCUUGUGCCACCCUGGCUACACACUGGACCCCAGCCACCUCCGCUGCAUUGAUGAAGAUGAGUGCCUGAAAGAUCCUUGUGCUGGCAAAGGUCGCUGCAUCAACAACGUGGGCUCCUAUUUCUGCCUCUGCCACUCUGGGUACACCCUGGCUGUCUCAGAGGGCAAGCAGACCUGUGAGGAUCAAGAUGAGUGUGGGCAGCUCUCUACCUGCCGAGGACAGCGAUGCAUCAACACUCCUGGCUCCUACCUCUGCGAGUGCAAGGAGGGCUUUGCCAUGGGGCCCAGGGGACAGUGCGAAGAUGUCAACGAGUGUGUGGAUCCCAGCCCCUGCCACAGUGGGAAGUGUGUCAAUACUCUGGGAUCCUACAAGUGUGUCAGCUGUGGGCAUGGCUACCGGGCCAGGAACGGGAGGUGUAUCGACGUGGACGAGUGCCUCGUCGAGGGGACAUGUGCUCAUGGACAGUGUGUCAACCUAGAGGGCUCCUUCCGCUGUGCCUGCUCCCGGGGCUACGAGGUGGCACCCGAUGGGAAGAGCUGCCAAGACAUCGAUGAAUGCAGGGCCCAAGCUGCCUGUCCGUCCAGCCUCUGCCUCAACACCGAGGGCUCCUACUCCUGUGUGGCUUGUGACGCUGGCUACACUAUCUCCAGAGAUGGCAGCAAGUGUGAAGAUAUGGACGAGUGUGAGGACCCUGCUGUUCAGUGCCUGCGGGGAGAGUGCAGGAACACCCCAGGCUCCUACAAGUGCCAGUGCCAGGCUGGCUUCGAGCUCAUCAAUGGCACUGUGUGUGAAGACGUUAAUGAGUGCCUGAGCAGUGAGAUCUGCAGCCCCAAUGGCGAGUGUCUCAACAGCCACGGGUCCUACUUCUGCAUUUGUGCUGCUGGCUUCUCAAACGCGGCUGGUGGGGUCAGCUGCCAAGAUGUGGAUGAGUGCACAGACAAGUCCCGGUGCUCUCAAGGCCAGUGCCUAAACACAGAAGGCUCCUACAGAUGUCUGUGUGAAAAUGGGUUCAAACACUCCCAGGAGACUGAUGACUGCGUGGACGUGGAUGAGUGUAAAGAAUAUGGGGAUGCCAUCUGUGGCACGUGGCGGUGCCAGAACAGCCUGGGCUCCUACCGCUGUAUCAUGGGCUGCCAGCCUGGCUUCCACUGGACCCCCUUGGGCGACUGCAUCGACAUAGACGAGUGUGCCAACGAGACGCUGUGCGGGAGCCACGGCUUCUGUGAGAACUCGGACGGCUCCUUCCGCUGCCUGUGUGACCGUGGCUAUGAGAGCUCGCCCUCUGGGCACUACUGCGUUGAUGUGAACGAGUGCGAGCUGAUGGUCGCCGUCUGUGGGACAGCGCUUUGCGAAAACGUGGAGGGAUCCUUCCUGUGCCUCUGCCCUAGCGACCACGAGGAGUACAACACAGAGGCAGGGCAGUGCCAGCCCCGGGCAGCUGUGGAGGGACCUGAGACACAGGCAGCCCACCCCUCUGACAGCACAGAGCGCAAGCAGUGCUACUACCACAUCAGUGACGUCCGCCUGUGCGACAGUGUCCUGGCCAAGAACAUCACCAGGGAGGAGUGCUGCUGCACUGUGGGGGCAGCCUGGGGUGACAACUGUGAGACUUACCCCUGCCCCAUGCCAGGCACAGUGGAGUACCAAGAGAUCUGCCCUCUCGGGAAGGGCUAUGUUCCCCGCGAAGAUCUGCUCUCAGGAAAAGUUUCUUUCACAGACAUGGACGAGUGUGAGACAUUUGGCUCUGAGUUCUGCCGCAAUGGACAGUGUUUGAACACGGUGCCAGGCUACAAGUGCUUCUGUCGGACAGGCUACUUCUAUGACUCCAGCAGGCUCGAGUGUGUUGACCAGGAUGAGUGUCAGAACGAAGUGUACUGCAUCAACGGCGAGUGUCUCAACACAGAUGGCUCCUACCACUGCUUCUGCAGCCUCCCUCUUGUGCUGGAUGCUACGGGCAACCGCUGUGUGAACCUUUCCAGUAGAGCAGACGCCUUGGAGGAAUACGAGAUCCACCUGGACGUCUGCUGGCAGACCGUUGCUGACUACAUCUGCCAAGACCUGCUGCAUGGCGAGCAGACCACGUACACCGAGUGCUGCUGCCGGCUUGGUGAAGCCUGGGGCCAGAACUGCGCGCUCUGCCCACACAGGGCCUCUGCUGAUUAUGCUUUCUUGUGUAACGGCGCCAGUGAAGACGCUGAGAGAGGGUCUGAGCUCCGAGAAAGAGCUAGGUAUGAGUAUGCACCAGGCAUGGAAGACCCCCACUAUGGCCUUUCCAGCCCCGACAUUGUCCCCUACUACAACUACCUGGAGUCUGAAUAUGGAACCCCGGAUGCUGGUUUCUCUCGGAGGGAACCCAGCAGUGAGUUUCAUGGCAGCCCUCUCCACCACAGCCCAGGGCGGCCCGCACCUCGCUACCUACCCAGCCAAACUGGCCCCUACGAGGGCUUUGAGGGACUGCAGGCCGAGGAGUGUGGGAUCCUCAACGGCUGUGAGAAUGGGCGCUGCGUGCGUGUCCGGGAGGGCUACACCUGCGACUGCUUUGAUGGCUUCCAGCUGGACAUGACCCGCAUGGCCUGCGUGGACAUCAACGAGUGUGAGGAGGUGGGCAACCCUGAGCCGCUGUGCCAGGGCGGCACCUGUGAGAACACGGAGGGCUCGUACCGCUGCCACUGCUGGCCUGGCUACGUGGCCCUGGCCCAGCCCCACCACUGCGUGCCCCAGACAGCCCAGAGCCCGGCGGUGGCGUAGCCCCAGGGGAGUGGGGUGAGGGUGCUCCCUCAGGCACGUGGCUCUGGCACACAGGGCCUGGGAGCACAGGGAAAGGUUCCCCCGGGGCUGGGGGUGCUUCGAGGCUCUUUGCUCCUUCCCCCCCCCGAAGCGCAUCACUUCCCGCCAGGUCUCUCUCCAGACCAGGGCUGAGCUUGCAGCCUCUGGAUGCCAUCCGCCCUGCCAGCCCCUGCUCCCGCUGCAGCAGAGCCCAGCCCGGCCCCUCCUCAUGUCACCGCAUGCAGUGGAGGCUCACAGGACACCUUCCUUGCCACACAGCCCUGGCCUCCCCCCAGCCCUGCCCAGAAAUGGGGGUAAUCUCCCCCCACUGCUGCACUGACCCAGUGACAGGCCUCACCCACACCGUGGGUGCUGGCCCUGCUCCUUGCAAAGCUUUGAAGGGGAGAGGUGUCACCCCCAGCUUUCUAAAGCUGCUGCCUAACCUUUGGGCAUGGGGGAGAAGGCCGAGGGGCUCCAGGGCCAGCUCUCCCUGCAGCCAGCCCAGGCACACCCCUUAGCCCCGCACUCUGCCUUUGUGCCCCACGCUGGCUGGGUAGGGAGAGAGAGGGGAGCAGGUCCAGCUUCCUUUCUGUAAAGUUGUUGGUGACUUUUUUUUAACCAAGUCUGCUGGAAACUCUUCUCAUGUUGUUAAAUAAAACAUUUAUUUUGGGCCCCUGUGGCUCAAGACACUGGGGCUGGUCAGAACUGUACUUGUCUUGCCUCUGCCAAGAAGUACCAGAAUCACAUCCUCCCUGUAGGCCCAGCCUGGCAAGGCCUCCACUCUCUCAUAAGCCAAUUCUUGCCCAUCUGACACUGGCAGCCAGCCUCCUCCUUCUCUUGAGCCA